AUGUCUUCGGAAGGAGCUUCGGCAAGAUACGAAACUCCACCAUUUUCUAGUAGUAGGAUGACGGAGGUGGUGAAGAAAUUCGAAUCUAAAAUACAAGAAGCGAUUCGUCAUUUACCUGCCAUAUUUAACGAAGAACAGAUAGAGAAUUUGAAAAAACAUAAAUAUGAUCAUGAAGGUACAACUUUGCUCGAUCCAUACAUGCAAAAAUAUUGGGAUUGGUUUGUGGAAUUUUUCCCACUAUGGAUGGCACCCAAUCUUCUUACCAUAAUCGGGUUAGCAUUUCAUGUCAGUGCUAGCAUUUUCCUCAUGAUCCUUACAAAUGGCGCUAAAGAACCAUGUACUCGAUGGAUGUACUUCUUGACGGCAGUUGGACUUUUUCUUUAUCAAUCGCUGGAUGCUAUCGAUGGUAAACAAGCUCGGCGAACUAAAUCGGCAUCACCGUUAGGCGAACUUUUCGAUCAUGGCUGUGACUCAGUGUCAACAGUAUUCAUCACAGUCGCAUGUUGUUGUUCUUUACAACUUGGUGUUCAUCCGUGGUUGAUGUUCUGGAGUUGCAUGUGCUCAUAUCUAGCUUUUUACUGCGCACAUUGGCAAACUUAUGUUUCCGGAAAACUUCGAUUUGGAAAACUGGAUUGCACAGAAGCAGAGAUCGCAUUCAUAAUUGUUCACUUGAUCACUACAAUCUCACCUAGUUUUUGGUCCCAUACCAUACCUCUAAUAAAUGUUGAAUUACGUACAAUCGUAGGAUUGUUAAUCCUCGGUUCAUCAUCCUGGAGUGCUGCUAAUAAUAUUUAUAUUACUCUUUCGCCAGGUAUUUUGGGAAAACGAACGUCAUCGGGUACGAACAUUUUGGUACCAUUCUGGCCACUUUGUUUUUUUGUGCUGCUCGCAUUGGCAGCUGCUAUAUGCUCAAAAGCACAUACACUUGACUCACACACGACAUUGUUUUUGGUCUGCUAUGGUUUCAUCUUCUCAAAACUGACCAAUCGAUUAAUAGUUGCACAUAUGUCAAAAAGCCCAUUUGGUAUAUGGGACUCGAUAUUUAUCGCUGCUAUCGCUUUCUGCAUCAAUCAAUCUUUCAAUUGUUGUAUCGGCGAGCACAUUUUUCUUUGGGGUUGUCUUAUCUUCAAUCUAUACGAUUUACUUCGCUACGAUACAAAAAUCGCAAUUAUACAAAUUUAUGGUGACCACACAGCUUGA